UCGAGGGAGGAACCCAGCGUGGACCCACCAAAGUGUUACGAGACGAGUAGCGUCACGGCUGGUGGUGUGAGCGGGGCAACACUCCUCGACGGAAUAUUCGACGCUGGUGCUGAAGCUUGUGUGCGUGGGAGGUCAUCACUGGUAACAGCGCGGCGGCGGUCGAUAUACCUACCUCUCUACGGCAGUGACAAACAGAACGACUGCAGGGCGACAACGUCGAAGUCACUGCUGUCUCUCUCUGUGUACUUCGAUUUGUUUCUACUCCUCUCUGUGCUUUGGACGCUUACAGCAGGACUCGGUGGACGGCCGCCAGGGGUGAGUGGGAUGAGGCUGAUUCGCGGCCGCUCGGUCUUACCGGUGACGAUGUCGCUUGUAUUAGCGGCGGCAGCGAUUCUGUUGCCCGGGGCCGGUGCAACAAGCUGCAGCGUCUUGGACUCGUGCGGAGCUUGCAGAAACACGACCCUCUGUCACUGGUGUCCAGACCAGCAGUGCCACGUUAUCGGGAGCUUUCAUGGGUGUGCCUACGGGACAUACUGCUACAACAACAAUCAGUGCCAACGCGAACUGCCCGAGUUCAAAGGUUACGAGGCCCCGUCCAUCGCCGUCCUGCUCGGCGUGUUUCUGGUGGGCAGCACGACGCUCUUCUGCGGCAUCGCCGGGAUCUCUAUCGCCCGCGAGUACGCCAAAGAGUCGGCCGCCACCCGCCGGCAGAACGCCCUUAGGGUGACGACUUUCUCCCCGGACCGGUCGGUCAGGCUCACGGCUGCGGAGCCCUCCGGAGACGGCGGUUACAUGACGCUGGCCGGCGACGACGAUUCCGAAGAAAACGACGACGACGCCGAUGAUGAGAGCGACGUCCACAUGCGUGGCGGCGGGAUCGGCACUAGAGGUCCCUCCGGUCCCUCCGCCGCGGAAGAAGGCGGAGCAGAGGCCGCCGCUGCCACCGCCACCGCCACCGCCCCGCCGGUGCCGAAAGGAAAGAGGGACUUCGGGCGAGCCGGGGCAAGGAGGGUAGGCCGCAGCACCAGCAGAACGCGUCGUCGCCGCCGCCGCCGGGAGGCGGCGGCAGCGGAAGCGCUUCCCGGCCCCAGCCCCCUCGCGCGCAAGGUUUACUGCGUGACCCGGCUGGUCUGCGGCACUAGUAUGGCGGUGGCUCUGCUGAUAUGCGGGGUGGUUAUUGGGUUCGCUCCCCACGCCCCCGGCGUGAACGUGUGCAACACGGAGUUCGAUUGGGGUUCUAUCGUCCACUCGAUCAAGUCGGCGGGCGUGGAGGCGGACUUCCAGAUUCUCGUGAGCAUCUACAACCCUAACGUGCUCAACGCGGAGAUCGAGAUGGGGUCUGCCCUGCUCUACCACGGGGAUACUGAGGUGGGCGUGAUGGCGUUCGAACCGGCGCUCCUUGCGGGGGGCUACGUGACGGACAUCCUGUUGACCAUCACCUUCAAGACCGAGGUCUGGGAGGAGGCGCACCUAGGCUUGGAGUACGAGACCGGGCAGCUGGCCUUCCUGAUGGACGCGACGAUAUCGGCGUCGGUGAUGUGGCACGGCUACAAGACGUACCCCUUCACCUUCUCGAUUAACAACUAUUACAUCAAGGUCGCGGACACGACGGGCUACGACCGGAGCCUGUGCAACUGCACGCAGAUGAUGCAGGGCGGCAAGCAGCCGCAGCAAGAGCGGCCGCAGCUGCGCUACGACCAGGUGCCCGAGCUUCCGUUUGACGUUGCCGGUGACGGCGGCGGUGGUGUUCAGACUGAAGGAGAGGGAGAGGACCGAGGGGACGUUCUACCGGCCGCCGAGGCAGUUCUGCCGCCCACGAUGGGCGACGAUGCCGGGGACAGGGUAGCUUUAAAGCAGUAAUAUCGAAACUUCGGGGGGGGCGCGAUGGAAAUUUGUGAGUCACAGGUCGGAGCACGAUAGUCGCCGACGGAGAAAGACGAAUCCGGGCUUCUGGGUCCUUGGACGAGCGAGUGUCAAGCAACUAUUUGUGGCUUCGGUUUUGGGCGGAGGGUGUAGCCGUAGCCGGGUGGUACGGCGCAGUUCCACGCCGUCCCCUAGUGUCCCACGAUCACCCUUGUUCGUGCGGUUAGUUGGAACUGGGGCGGCGGUCAAACGCAUGGGAAGCUGUUGGUCGGGUUGUGGUCCUCCUGAAGGAAGGCGUGAGUUCGUCAAGCGAACGAACAGUGGUGUGUGUGCCAUACUGAUGGUACAAUAGUAUGCGCCGUUCAUAUUGCUUUCCGAAGGUGCGCUCCCAUCGGCUCGCUUCUGGACUCCCAAUUACGCCUCCAGCCAUUUACCGGAGGAGACUACUCAAGACUACACCCCUUCGGCCUGCGCCUUCUGCUACGUAUAUCAUCAUUGGCUGGGGUUGAGAGGAGAGCGCGUGCCGCAGGGCCAUGGAACGCCUGUAUUUGCAUAUAGAGAAAAGCGAAUCGGUGGCAUGGGACGGCACACACCGUGCCGUGGCCACGGGCGGCAGGAGGCGGUGGUGUAGAUAAGCGUGCCCGAUAGGGCAAGGGGGAACGCGGGGGGCUUUGGAGCAACACCGGGCGCCCUCGUUUCAAGUCUGCGUGUUGGUCUUUGCGGGUUCUUCCUUGGUUCCUCGCGCGCGCUUGUCCGGGGAACGAUUCGGGAAAAGAGCCUCUCUCUCUUGCUGCUGCAUGCAAUUGUAGAUCUUUUUUGUUGUUGUUAUGACAGCAGUAUCGAUCGAUCGGCUUUGCCAACCUUUGAUCGAGUCGAUGCAAGCGAAUCCAUGUCUAGUGGAUCGUGUAAGUAGCUCUUUGCCUUGUCGUUACUGUUGUUGUUGUUGUUGUUGUCGUCGUCUUCGUUCUGUUCUGGGGUGCGCGAGGGGAGGGAUCGCCGCAUCUCAGGGUCACUUCAAAAGAUAAGACCGUCAUACAGAAGAGGUUUAUGUAUUUAGUUAGGAAAUUCUUCCCGGACACAAGUAGCGCGAGGGUCGAACGGGAGGUUGUUCAUCGGCGACUGUUCAUUAGUCAUUGCAUACAGUCCAUGUGUUCGCGUCGACGACACCGACGAAAGGACGAAUGGUGUUUGCGUCCACAUGUAGUCUUUUUUUGUGCCUGUCAAGAACGUCAGACGAACGUUCGACAGCGUUUGGGUUGUUGGUGGUGGUCUGUCCGAAAUGAUUGCAAUGAUAUUUUGUCACGCUGUAUAGGUAGGGAAUUGCAUGCCUUCUCUUUGUAGCGCGAGAUGCUGCCCAGUGUAGAGGUCCACCAGGCCCCUUGGUGUUGUCUAUACAGUACGAAGUAUGGUUUGCCCGACGUAAGCUGUCCUAUCUGCAGCGGGGGGCCCGCAAUACCAGCAAAACUGCUGCUUCCACUUGUUUAAGCGAAAACCAGUGCUUGAUUUGUGGACACGGGAUGUAAAUAGACGCGGCGCGGGCGUUAUUGUCUUCUUUGUGACUGUUGUGUUUUUCCCACGGGAUCAGAUGGCGAUGGCGGAACUUUUCUUUCAAUCCACCCCCUGCUGCUGGGUGAGGCUAUGAAGCAAUUUUUUCGGUGCAGGUCGUUUGUUUGGCUUUCGAAGGCCGUCGCAAUUCCUCGGUGGCAUGUUGUGUUUAUGUCCUGGCGGGAGUGAAAAAGGCUCGGUCGUAUCCUUUCAAUUUGAAUCAAGAUUUUUCCCUCUUUGUGGUCGUUCGCUAGUUGUGUUUGUGGUUUUGACUCGUGAGGGCCAGCAGAAGAAUUUGAAAGUGUUGGUGUUUUCGUCGUGUGUCGUGUUCUACCUUCUGCCGUGCCAUGAUACGCGCCCUGGACGGUGUUACUGUCGUGUGAAUCCGGUCUGCCCGCUCCGUUAUUCACCAGCACUUAUUUUCUGUUGUGCACACAAAUGGCGCACGAGUAUUGCCAGGAUAUGUAUACAGAAAAAGGUCGACUCAAUGAUCGACAAGGGAAGGGACAUGACAGAGUCCUAUACCAGAUAGGGCAGGCACCGCCAAAGGAAAUUCACACCUACUUGACAUAAAGAGAGCCUCCGUCGUGUGCAAACCCGUGUGUCCCAUCGCACCGAAAGUCUUUCAUAAUGCUGACGUCCAGAUUAAGUGGGACUUGGAAAUACGCCAUCUUCCAAGACUAUUGCUGUAGGCACGGGAG